UGUGUGUGUGUGUAUGCGCGCAUCCUGCAUCAUCCUGUUCCGCUGAAAUCUUGGCCUCAGAUCUGACACAUACAAACUCUAGAGACAAACACAAAGUUACACCUUUAGCACGCACACACACACACACACACACACACAGAUGACUUGUUAUUUUUGUCACACACUCGUGAGCAGCUUUCAGCUAAGUUAGGAUGAUUGAGUCCAGUCAUUCCAUCUAUUCCAUCUUCUGCUGUUGUUGUUCUGUAGAGUCCCGCACCAGCACACGUGUGGAUCUGAAUUCUAGAGAUGAACACAAAUCUUCAUCCUACACAUGCAGACCGGAGCGCUCAAUGAAGAAGCUCCCUCCACCCCCUCCAGUGGAUGCCACUGAGGAGCAGGUGAUAGUCAUAGCACUGUACGAUUUCAUGGCAUGUGAAAGUGCAGACCUGAACCUGAGGAGAGGAGAGGAAUACAGGAUCCUCCACAAACAGGACCAGCUGUGGUGGAGAGCAGAGGACCAGUGCGGGAAUAAAGGGUUCAUCCCAAGUAACUAUGUCACGGAGAAACACAACAUAGAGGCUAAUGAAUGGUACUGCAAGAACAUUAACAGGUCUGAAGCUGAAAAUAUGCUGAGACAGGAGGAUAAAAAUGGUGGUUUCAUUGUAAGAGAGUCCAGCCAGCCAAAUCGCUACACGGUGUCAGUCUAUAGUAAGGCCAAAAGAGAGAGCCUGGGCGAUGUGAAACAUUAUCAGAUAAAGCAGACAGAAGCAGGAAAGUUCUUUCUGGCUGAGAAUUACACCUUCAGCUCCAUUCCUGAGAUGAUUAAUUACCACAAACACAAUGCUGCAGGUCUUGUAACAAGGUUGCGUUAUCCUGUUGGUCCAAUGGAACAGUGUAUCCCUACUACUGCGGGAUUUAGCUCAGACAAGUGGGAGAUAGACCCGAGUGAGCUGACUUUCAUGAAGGAACUCGGCAGUGGAGAAUUCGGAGUGGUGCGACUGGGAAAAUGGAGAGCACAGCACACAGUGGCCAUUAAAGCCAUCAAAGAGGGAGCAAUGAGUGAAGAGGACUUUAUAGAGGAAGCCAAAGUGAUGAUGAGGCUGUGUCACCCUAAGCUGGUCCAGAUCUAUGGUGUGUGUACAAAGCAGCAUCCGAUCUACAUUGUUCUCGAGUUCAUGGAGAAGGGCAGUCUGUUGCAGAUACUGCGUCAGCAUGGCAACAGUCUGGAGUGUGUGCAGCUGUUGGCCAUGUGCCAGGACGUGUGUGAGGGCAUGCAGUACCUCGAGCACAACAAUUUCAUACACAGAGAUCUGGCUGCAAGGAACUGCAUGGUGAAUGAGAAGAAUGUGGUCAAAGUGUGUGAUUUCGGCAUGGCAAGGUAUGUGUUGGAUGAUCAGUACACAAGCUCACUGGGAUCCAGGUUCCCAGUGAAAUGGUCUCCACCUGAAGUUUUGCACUACAAUAAGUUCAGCAGCAAAUCUGAUGUCUGGUCCUUUGGUGUGUUAAUGUGGGAAGUGUUCUCUGAAGGACGCACUCCAUUUGGGAACCGGCCAAAUGCUGAUGUUGUGGAUGAGGUGACACAGGGAGUGCGACUGUACAAACCACACAAAGCACCAACAAACAUCUACAACAUUAUGUAUGACUGCUGGCAUGAGCGGCCUCAGGGUCGGCCCUCGUUCUCCCAACUGCUGCAGAGCAUUAAAGACAUCGGUGAGGAGUUCACGCUCUAGACAAGACAACAGCAACAACAACAACAGCACAAACUGUACAACAACACACCACAACUACACACCAGUGACAGUGUAUAUGAGUGAACAGCAUGGUGACAUUCACUCCCGUUGCGUGGGUUUGCAUCCAUUUUUUGGUUGAAAUGAAAGUCACCAUCUUGCAAAAAUUGAAGCCAGAGAAUGAGCAUGAGAUACAGCCCACACUGCUGAUCACAGUACGUGUUCAUAUCCAUGAACAUCAGCUACCUCAAAAUGAUGAAUACAGCUUUAUUAAUUAAUACGUAAAAUUCUAAAGUGUAGUUAUAUGAAUUUCACCAUUGUCAGGCAUGACUGACUGAGCUACUAUUUGCUAUCUAGCUGACAUUAUUCAUCAUUUUAAUCCAAGUCAUGUAAGUACAAGUAACAAACAUAAGGUACCAACUGAAAAUAUAAACAGCAGUCAACAUUUAUAUUCAACGUACUUUUAAAGAAAGAAAAUUGCUUUUAUUCUCUGCUCAUUCAGUUGGUGGAAUUCUUUUAAAAAGGAAAGAUUGACGAAACUUUUCAAACCUCUUCGAGUGUAAGCUAGGGUCAUACAGUAAAUUAUCUUGCAAUAAAAUGUUGCUAAUGUUAGCUCAGGGUCUGUUAGAACAGUUUACUACAGAACAAAACAUGACUCUGCUACAGAACUGUCAAAGUUAUCAAUACUGUAAAUCUACAAAGUUUAUAAGAUGUUAACUGAAAUUGGCUGGACUUCAGUCAGAGCUUCAGGUGUGUGUUGGAAAGUGUGUGUGCGUUCAUGAGGCUCCACUUUCAUUUCUAGCCCAAAUUUAAACUGUCAAUCACCUCAUUAAAUACACACUUUUAGUUAUCAAAUAACUCCUAUAAAAUUAACUUAUCAAAAGGAGAAAUAUUGGGGGAGAUAUCGACUGAACUGAAAUUACAGAACACUAUUCCCAAAAAUAAUUUGUGGAGAUGUAAAUUAAAAUGGAAGUUUGGCUUAUUUUCUGUUCAUUAACAUGGGAAUAAGUGGAGUUAAAUAAUGUUCUGCAGCCAGCCACUAGGGGGCCACAGAGACAUUUUGGACUUUACUUUUAAACCCCUGUUACAAAGUCAACUCAUCAACUGUAGAAAACAUCACCUUCUAUACAGAGGUUCCAUCGCCUCCCAUAUAGAAAUGAAGCCAAAAUUCCACCACCAUGUUGUCAAAUUUGGAGCCAGAGUCUGCGCGGUAGAGACGGGAAUCGAAGUCAGGUUCACCCACUUCCUUCGUAGGUCUGCCCCUUUCUCCCAGUGGUAUAAAUGAUCAGAUGAAUAUGGGCACAUUCUCAAAUUCUCUUUAUCACAUCUCUCCAGAGCUGAGAUAUUUUCACCUGGAGAUAUUUCACUAAUACGGCUGCGUCUAGGAGAGAGAGAGAGAGAGAGCUACAUUUUCUGUAGCAGGGGCAAAAUUUCCAGCGCCCCAAAACCAUUAAAUUCGGCGAUGCUGAUUGGCCAAAUAUUUAUUAUUUUUCCCUAGCAACCAUACAUGAUUGGCUAUUUCGCUGCACUUCUGGGGCACUUUGCCGAGCGCCCAAGAAGAGAAAUGAUCCGAGUCUGUCGGUGGAAAUUCACUGUUGAAUGAGAGUCAGUUGGUGGAAAUGUUGUUUAAAUAAUUCAGAUUGCAUGUAGGCACACACUAUUAAGUAAAACUGACAUUGAUAAUAAAAUUUGUAAAAAAAAAAAAAUAUAUAUAUAUAUAUAUAUAUAUAUAUAUAUGUGUGUGUGUUAUUUAGGGCGUCACGGUGGUGUAGUGGUUAGCGCUGUCGCCUCUCAGCAAGAAGGUCCAGGUUCGAGCCUCGUGGCCGGCAAGGGCCUUUCUGUGCGGAGUUUGCAUGUUCUCCCCGUGUCCGCGUGGGUUUCCUCCGGGUGCUCCGGUUUCCCCCACAGUCCAAAGACAUGCAGGUUAGGUUAACUAGUGACUCUAAAUUGACCGUAGGUGUGAAUGUGAGUGUGAAUGGUUGUCUGUGUCUAUGUGUCAGCCCUGUGAUGACCUGGCGACUCGUCCAGGGUGUACCCUGCCCUUCGCCCGUAGUCAGCUGGGAUAGGCUCCAGCUUGCCUGCGACCCUGUAGAACGGGCUAAAGCACGUUGAAACUCAUGGGGAUGAGCACUUCUAAACAUGGUCCUGCAGCCAGCCAGCAGGAGCACAAGACCUGUGGUGGCUUCACUGUUUAGAGACAAUACUCUGUCCACUGUCACUGUUUUCUACAGUCAAUGAGUAUACUCAUAUAAAAAUCACUGGAACACACACACAACUACACACACUGCUCUGAAAUGUCCAGUAAUAACUAGAUCAUAUGAAUGUCAAAAUGUUAGAAGAUUAAUGUGUAUCGAUAUAUUUUUGUAAUAAAAAGACUUAAAAACAA